AUGGAAGAUGAGGCUGCUGAUAUUGAGCUGCUGGAGCAGCAUCUAAUCAAGACGAGCAACAUCUCCCAGCGAAUGACCUCGAUCCUCACAAAUUUCGACACCAGACUGAUACGACUGGAGAAGUCUAUCCUUCCACUUCACAAGUCGACGCAGUCUCUUACCAAACUUGCGGAAAAUAUUGAGGCUACACUUCAGAGCAUUGACAGACUAGCGAGUGAUCAGGAAGGAGUCGCCGCCGAGGAGGCACUGAUCCUCAGAGGACCGCGUCCAAACGAGGUAGACAGCUAUAUAGCUACUGUAGAACGUCUGAAUGCGUCGAUUGCGUUCAACGCCGGAGAUCCACGGGCAGCCAAAGAGACCGCGCGUCUGGUCGAAGCUGGCGCAAAGAAGAUGACACAGCUCUACAUCAAGCUUACAGCAGAAGCAUCCUCUGGUGCACCUCCUGGAGGUAAUACCAUAAAGACGCUUCCCUUUUCACAGGGCAUCAUAAGGACACUCUCUCCGAUCAUCGAUGCGCUCCGAAAGAUGCCGCAACCCUCGACACAUCCAUCUCACCCAGCCGCAAAAUCAAUAUAUCAGCUCCUGAAGGAGACACAGAAAGGCUACGGAGAUAUGCGCGGGGCUUGGGGGAAGAAAUGUCUCGAAGCCAUGGGUGGCCGUCGCAUCAUUGACAGAGUAGAAACUCUGGAUGGUGUCGCGGCUGGCGGCGAGAUUGGUCUUUGGGUGAACGGGAUCAUUGCAGUGGCCGAUGCCGAGUAUGAUCACCUGCUCAAUAUGUCUCUUAUCACUUCGUCGGGAGCGAUUCAAUCGACGUAUGCCACGCUAUUGGCGCCAGUCAACUCGUUAUUCACGACGACCUUGACCCUUCUCAUCAAUAUGAUCAAAUCAAACCUCAAUAAACACGUCUUCCUCGCCCUGGCUGCCUAUCAGGAGCUAUCGAAUGCACAGGCAGCAUGGGAUGACGUUCAAAGUCGAACCGGGAAGAAAGAGAACGACUUGAAAGAUAGUCUGUCUGCACUUCGGGGAGUGUGUCUCCGCAGCUUUCCAGAAUUCCUCCUGGACGUGCGCAGUGCUGGGACCAAGACAAACGUCGAGCUUGGGACCGGUAUUCAUGAGACUACCAAUCUCGUCGUCAACUACCUGCAGCAGAUACCUCAGGUUAUGGAUGCAGUUGGAACUGCGCUCGUGACAUUGGGAGAUGGUAUGUGGAAAAUGGGGGAAGGUGCCGGCAAAGUCCUCGGAAAGUCAGACCAGGAUGAUGAGCGCCUUGUAAUUGAACACUUUAUUUACGACGUCGUCACGACACUACUCGCCUCUCUCAAUUCGCUCGCGACCGCAUCCAAGAAGCCCGCCCAGGGGGCCAUCUUUCACUUCAAUAAUGUUGCUUUUCUGCGCACCAGGCUCCUACUUGAUCCCAGCACACCAAUCGACGAUCUGCUUGGGAAAGCAACACAAGACGCACUAAAUUCAAACUACAGGACAGCUAAAGCAACCUAUUUCGACGUCAACUUUUCUCCACUUGUCCAGGCCCUGGGAGACACGGGUGGUCGACGCGACGUAAAGGAUAAACUUACCAGAUUCUUCGACGCCCUUGAUGAAGCAAGCGAUCGUCAUCGCAUGUAUAAAGUACUCAUGGAUGACGAAGAAGGCAAGGAAAUGCUUCAAGAGGAGGUCGUGCGUCUUGUUAUACCCGCUCUGAAGCGGUUCCAUGAGAAGAACGUACUGAACUCCAAGAGUGCCGCCAAGUACAUGAAAUCGAGCCCGGAGGAAGUAGAAAGACAGAUCCGCGACUUUCACAGAUAG